AUGAUACGAUUAAAAGCUCUUAGCAGUUGCGUGUUGUUGUUUUUUACAAAGAGCGCCAUGACUUCAUCAAAUGCUAAUAAUUCCAUAUAUUCAUCGACAUCCAGUGGUACAACGACACCGAGUUUGACAAAUGGCUCUGAUGUACCACCAGCAGGUACACCAUUGGCAGAAUUCUUGCAACAGUUAGAGGAUUACACACCUACGAUACCAGACACAGUAACUGGCUACUACUUGAACAGAACUGGAUUUGACGCAUCUGAUCCCAGAGUGGUACGGAUGAUUUCAUUGGCUGCUCAAAAGUUCAUAUCAGACAUUGCAAAUGAUGCCUUACAGCACUGCAAAAUGAGGGGGUCAGGUCAAAGUUCAAGAAAAGUUGGUAAAGAUAAACGAUACACAUUAACAAUGGAAGAUUUGACGCCGGCGUUAUCAGAAUAUGGAAUCAAUGUCAAAAAACCUUACUACUUUACAUAAUAAGAAGUUGAAGUUUAUAUAGAGUUUAUUUGUAUUUAUGUUGAGGGCAGGGAUAAUUUUGAAUUUUUUAUUUGUUCGUUUGUAUUUGUUUCUUAGCUUCUGUUGUACUGCAAAAUUUUCGCUGCAAAAAUGUUCAUAAUUUCCCCAAAAUGUUGAUGUGACAGCAUGGAAAUCAGUGGAUAUUUUUCUCAUUAGUAUAUAUUAUCAUUUUUUCCUGUAUAGAAACAAAACAAAGGAGAAUGUUUUUGGCAACCCACCUUGAAAAUGAGUGUAGAUUUUGCACUAGGAUGCACUACC